AGAAAGACAAAUGAAAAGUAACAAAUAUAUACCCAAAUAGCGACGCGAUAUACCCAGGUGAGUGAAUAGACACAAUGUCUGUCAAGGAACUGCAGCUAUUCAAGCGUUUGUUGAACCCAACUAUAGACGCAGCUUUUGUUGUACCAACCCGGUAGUAAAAUUCACAGAUCACAUAUAAUUACUUUACUUCGAGUGGAACACCCAACAUGGAAACAUGCAUGUUUGUGUCAACGCAUUAUUCAAUGUGCACUCCGAAAUAUUGAUGUGAUUAAGUCAAUAUAUGAACUAUUAUUGGUGUCUGGGAUUUAACUACAACAAUAAUUUGGAUAUUUUCGAAAUUGGAGUGUGAUAAUACCGAUUGUUCCAUGUGAAUAUAUCUAGAUAGGUCGGGGAUUUAAACCAUUUUUAACAAAAAUCAAAUAUAGUGACGAUUUAUACAUUGUGUUGACAGAUAAAGUGCUGAAUUGUUAUAUCUUCCAAAAUCCUUUACUCCACAAUUAAAUUAUCAAAUUUAAUCAUGUCCCGUUUUGACCCUAGAGAUCUGAGAGAUACAUUUUACUUCCGGAAUAAAGACAAGGACAAGCAGAAUUUAGCCAAAUCAGGAAAAUUUGAAAACGACGACUGGUCAGAGACAUCGAAUGAUGAUAACGAACGUGCACGUCAAUCUCGCAGAUUUGGGGACAAGAAUGACGAUGAAGACUUUGGUUUCGAGUGGAUGAAAAAUGAAAACUUAGGACGAACGAAAGUAUACGAUGAUAACCGAAAGUCGAAAACCGGAGACAAACUUCGGGAAUCACGCAAAAAAUAUACCGGAUCAGAGACGGAAAAUCCAUACGGUGUUUACAAUCCAUAUAGUCGAACCAUUAGAGCAACACUUGAAAAUGGAAAUGGUGACUAUGGACACACACGUGAUAACCCAAAGACAAAACAAGGACUUUCACCGAUUGCCGAGUCGGGGAUAUACGACGGUACCGAUGGUAGAUUCACACUAGACGAUAUCGCCGCGAGUCGUCAGGGCGGAUACUCCAAGUCUUUCGGCGUCAGUAUGGAUUACGGUCAAAGCAAAGUGGAUGAUCAGAACAACAAAUAUGGUACCUUCAACUCAUUGAGAAGCGACGAUAGUAUUAGUCUACCACCCGAUAACUGGAGGAGUAAAGUCCUGUCGCAUGAUACCAAAGAGUUCUUCGCAAACCAGUGGAAAAGGGUCCCAAUACGAUCAAGUUUUGGACAUGGGACCAGCGCCUUUGGUUACAAGCACUCGGACAACUACGAACCAAGAGCGAAGAAAGACACCGAGCAUCGUAAACCUUUCAAUGUUCACAGAUUACCACUGAUUCUCCUCAUCCUCAGUCUUCUAGCUUGUGUGGGCGUGGCCAUAACGGUUGUCUUUGUGGUUCUAAAGCAAGAUCCAGCACAAGAAGCAAAACCUAUCGGAGGUGAGGCCACGGUACAGUUGACGUUAAACGGCACACUGACACCUGAACUGGAGAACGCCAGUUCACCUAACAGAACAGCAUUUGAAGAUGAUUUCUGCAAAGAGAUGGUUGAUAUAUACGAAAGCAACAACAGUUCAGUUAAGGAUAUGAAACCUGUCUGUGAAGUUAAGGAACUCAGAAAUGGGAGUAUAAUCGUGGUGUUUGUGAUAACGGUGACUGGAGACGUGACAGACAUAACUAACGAUACGUUUAAGGUGAUCAUUACCGCAUAUCUGGAUACCGGCACUGGAUUUGCAACGAGUGGCACCCUAACAAUUGAUGUAGACAGCAUCAAAGUGUUGGACUAUAGACAAGUUACAGCCACAUCAACGACAACCCCACCAACCACAACGACCACGCCCGCCACAACAACCACUCCGAUCACAACGACUGAUCCCACCACAACGACAAUAACAACCUCGCCCGAUACAACAACCACGCCCAACACAACAACCACGCCUACCACAACACCAACCAUCACAACUUCCCUACCAACAACAACGACCGAGCUAACUAUUACUACUUCGCCAGACACGACCCCGCCUAAUUCAACGGCCGUUCCGACCACAACAACCAAUCCCGCAACGUCGACAACGCCCAUCACAACUACAACGCAACCCACAACAAGCAUUCAAACCACAGCAACCGAGCAAACAACAGCAACUACCUUGCCAACCACUGAAGUCACAUCGACCGAGCCAACAAUAACUACUACGCCAGACACAAUGACGACGUCCACUACAACGCCAUCUACCACAACUUCCCAGCCAACCACGACCACCGAGCCGACAACAACUACAAUGCCUGCCUCAACUAUAGCGCAAACCACGACAACAGAGCAAGCAAAAGCUUCUACGCCAAACAUUCCCACCACAAUGACCAUUCCCGUCACAACGACUAAGCCCUCCAUAACGAUCAUGUCUAACACAACAACCAUACCUACCACAACGACCACACCCACCACAAAGACAACACAGACCACAACAACCACACCCACCACAACGACAACCACGACAACACUAUCUACAACGACAACGGCAACCACAUCCACACCAACCACAACUACCACCCCCACCAUAUUCACCACGCCAACCACGACGACCAUUCCGACAACGACAACCACGCACUCAACAACGACCAAUCCCACAACAGCAACGACAUCAACCAUAACCUCCACUCCCACCACAAUGACCACGCCCUUCACAACGACCAAUCCCACAACGGCGACAACGCCCUCCACGACGACCACCCCCACAACGACAACCACGCCCUCCACAACGACCACUCCCACAACGACAACCACGCCCUCCACAACGACCACUCCCACAACGACAACAAUGACCUCCACAUCGACCACUCCUACAACGACAACCACGCCCUCCACAACGACCACUCCCACAACGACAACCACGCCCUCCACAUCGACCACUUCCAUAACGACACCUACAUCAAACAUAACGACCACUUCCACAACAACGUCCACGCCCUCGACAACGACCAAUCCCACAACGACAAUCACACCCUCCACAACAACCCCACUCACCUCAACUACCACUACAAAAGACAACGAAACCACAACUACACCUUCCAUAACUACUGCGGCAACGAAUAUGUCGUCGGCUGGGGCAAUUGCAGGUGAAGCAAAGCUCCAGAUCACUUUGAAUGAAACAUUUACUGCCGGACUGCACCAAAAUGAUUCAGAUGAAUUUAAGGCCCUAGCGAAAGAUGUCUGUACAUCGAUGGAAAACAUAUACAAAAGCAACCAAAGUGAAGUCCGAGAUAUGUCCCCUGCAUGCAGAGUGGAAAGUUUCAGGUCAGGAAGCAUCAUCGUCAUAUUUGUGAUAACAGUGACUGGCGACGUGACGGGGAUAACAGAAGCAACGUUUACACAAACUCUGUUCGUAGUGCUGGGCACACCAACUGGCGUCGUUAAUGAAGGUGGCCUUGCCUUUAUAGUUGACACUGUCAUUGUAGUGACUUACACACCAAUUGUGACAACUACACCAAUAACAACAACAGGAACAACUUUAUCAAUAACUACCCCUCCAGGACCAACUACGACAUCAACGUUAAAGACAACCACCACUCCAACCACAACUACAACUCCAACCACAACUACAACUCCAACCACAAAUCCAACUCCAACCACAACCACCACUCCAACCACAACUACCACUUCAACCACAACUACCACUCCAACCACAACCACCACUCCAACCACAACUACCACUCCAACCACAAUUACUACUCAAACCACAUCCACCACCACAACCAUAACUACCACCACAACCACAACUACCACUCCAACAACAACCCCUCCAUCCACAACCACUGCUCCAACCACAACCACCACUCCAACCACAACUAUCACUCCAUCCACAACCACCACUCCAAUCACAACGACUCUAAUAACGUCUACUACUUCCAGCACAAGUACUACGUUCAUUCCUCCAGUGAUUAUGAUAAAAGACGUUACAGCUGUAAUAUACCAACACUUAGAAAUGGCUUGUACAGUCAAUAAUCUACCAGACGACUGGACCUCAUUGGUUGUUUCAUCGGACGUUCGUGGUCCGAUCGCCACGUUUCCUGUUACAGGAAAUGUAGAGGCGCAUAUACCGAGUAAUUUUGGGGCUUCCGCAUCAAAUUCUACCAACAGUGCCUCUCUCAAUGUAACCAUGGACAACCAAGUAUCUCACUGCAGUGACAAGGGUGUAUUUACCUGUACUCUAUUGACAGGACACGGAAACUACACAGACACAGCCGUUCUUGUCGUUACGGCAAAUCCUACGAGUACAAUUGCUGCCCCGACUCCAUACAGCGAAGGAGCUGAGAGUACUAUCACGUGUAUUGGCGAACUACCAGUCGGAACAGGAAGUCUAUCUUUGUACACCAAGGCACCCGGAGGGUCAAAGUUCACAGAAUACGAUGUCGUCACUCCGACUGUAACUGACGGGGCUGUGACGUCAAACUGUACAGUAACACGAACUGUGCAAUACACGUUUACUCCGAGUUUACAGUUUAAUGGAACCGAGGCUAAAUGUGUGGCGAACAACUCAGCACUGUCGGGGUCACCUGUUAGCUCUUCUACGGCAUUGAUUAUCGUGCAUCAAGCUGAUAUUGCAUUUAACGCCUAUAAUAGGAGGGAGGAAGUUGGGAGCUCCGGUAUUGUUAUUGGAUGCAAUGUCCGGAACGCGCCCGGCUGGACAAACAUGAUGGUAACGAGGAUAACUACAGGGUCCACAGCGAUAACAUCUGUCUUUAGCCUGGUCAAAGGCAACACUUCUAACAAACCUCUGUCUCCUCGGGCAUCUUAUGCCAUCACAGAAGAUGAUUCGUCGGUGUCUGUUACCAUAACACUUUCAACUUUGAGCUGUCAGGAUCGUGGGGUAUACACGUGUACAGCUACUGGACAAACAAGUCCUCUCACCACCAACAUGACGUUUGAAAUAUUCAGAAACCCCGGCACUCCAAAACUGACGUUAAAUCCGGAUCAGAUUCAAGAUCUAAUGUUCCAUAGGGGUGGCUUUGAACACCAGUGUCUGGCAGAAGUUGGUUUUCCUCCAGGGAAUUUGACAGUUGUUUACAAGAUGAAAGGACAAUCGACGUUCGAACCAUUCAUGAGCGACAGAAUUAUUCAAUAUCUGACAAACACUUCUAUGACUAGUUGUGGAACAACUAAAUAUUUCAAGUUUGGUCUCAACUUCACGUCGGCAGACGACAGUGGAGAGGUGAAGUGCGUUGCUACCAACCAGGAAUUAGGCGUUACCACCGAAUCGGACGUUGGAACGCUAGAACUUAUCCCUCGACAACACUGUAACACAACCAGCGCCCCGAAGUUUUUACACCACCCAACAAACUGUAAUAAGUAUGUAGAGUGUAUAAACAAGUAUCCAUAUGGCUCACAGUGUAUCAAUCCAAACGAUUGUGCCGACAUCGGACCAUCGCUUGUAAUAUGUGGUGUGUGUGAUGGAGUUAUUUGCCCAUGGAACAUUACAACUACAACACACGGACCAACGACAACAACGACACCACCUCCGACAUCCCAGUUUAUCGACUGUACCGAUGAGACGGCAUUCAUAGGGAAAUCUGCGACUCUUACCUGCAACAUGACAGUAGCGUUUGACUACAUCAACGUUACCAAGGCGACAAGGAACCUAGCAGAUGUGACUUCCUUUGGGAAUGUGAUUAACAGAAACUUGCAUACGGGGGAGCAUGUCGUUUUUAGUCAAUCGUCCCUCCAAAUUACAUACGAAAGUGUAGAAUGUGAUGAUGGCGGACUUUUUACUUUAUUCAUUCAGAAAACUGGAGGAAGCACCGAAUCACAGGCAGUAACACUUAACAUAUGGGCUAAGCCAAAAUCGGUAUCCAUGACACUACAUGCAGAUUUUGUGAUAAAUACUGAUCGAGCUGGAGCUGAACACGUGUGUGAAGGAUUCGUAGGAUAUCCCGGAGGUCAACUGGAGGUCACAAUGACUAAGCAAGGAGAUCCCAAUGUUUAUUCCGUACCAUUAGCAGACUAUGAUGGAUCCAGACCGGGUGGAAAUACUAUGACCACUGAAAAAUGUAACAACAAGGCUAGGCUAGAAUUUGGACUUAAACUAGGAACUGAAUGGCGAAACGGUACCAUUACAUGCAGGGCCAAUAAUAGUGGUGUUCUUGAGGAUGGUGAUGUAGAACAAAAUGAUACCGCUAUCUUAUAUCUGAUACCUGCUGAUUUUUGCAUUGGUGAAACUGCAAAUACGUUUAAAGCAAACCCAUAUAGCUGUAACAAGUAUGUUCAGUGUUCCAAUAACCUAUCCUUUGGCGGUGGUUGUGGAGAGCAGUGCUAUACUGGUCUGUCUGUGGCCCCCCUAUGUGGUGACUGUCAGACUUAUCCUUGUACUAUCAUACCAACAACAACUACCACUACCACACAAGCUACAACAACGCCACCACCAGAUGUAUUCGCAACAUGCAGUGGUGCAAAUGGUUUGAUUGGCUCAUCGGCAACUGUAACGUGUAGUGUAAACAAAGACACGUACAGUUCUAUCAAUGUGACCUUCACCCCGAGCAAAACCCAGACGUCAAGCCAAGUUGUCGAUAUUCACCCUACCAACGGUGUGGUCAACGACAACAGCGGUGCAAACAGGGCUGUGACAGUCUUCAAUGCUGGGAAAAACAUCACCAUUGCUUUAACAUCGUUGACCUGUAGUGAUGAGGGUGUUUUUCAUUUUAAUGUGUUUGCGAUAUCCGGGGACUCAUCUACAACUGCGUCAGUCAGCGUUAGAGUGCAGUUGUAA